AUGGAGAGCCAAAGAAAAUAUAUAAGAUGGGUGGAAGUGCGCGCAAUUAACAGUGAUGAUUGCCAAAUUUCUAUAAAUGAAGAGCGCACACUACUUCUGGUUGGACGUACAGGUGAUGGAAAAAGUGCAACAGGCAAUAGCAUUCUUGGAACUAAGGCUUUCAAGUCGAUGCACUGCUCUUCUUGUGUUACAACUGAUAGCCAGCUUCAAACUACUCAAUUACAAGACGGAAAUAUACAUAACGUCAUUGAUACCCCUGGGUUGUUUGGUUUUUCUGAUGAACAGGAUUUUAUUGGAAAGGAAAUCGUUAAAUGCAUGGAUUUGGCCAAGGAUGGGAUCCAUUCUGUUCUUUUGGUUUUGUCUGUGCAAUCACGAUUUUCUAGUGAAGAACAAGCAGCUGUCCUAACCUUUGAGAAGUUCUUUGGUGAAAAGUUUAAAGAUUACAUGAUUGUUGUCUUUACUGGUGGAGAUGUACUUAAAGAUCAGUCUUUGGAUGAGUACUUAUUGGACAAUGGCUGCCCGGACUAUCUAAAGGAAGCUCUCAAACAAUGUGGAAAUAGACAAGUACUUUUCGACAAUAAGACUCAUGAUCCAUUGAAGAAAGCUGACCAAUUAAGAAAUCUUCUUUUACAUGUGAAUUUGGUUGUGGAAAAGAAUGGUGGAAAACCAUAUACAACAUACCUGUUCAAGGAACUAAAAGGUACUGUUGAAUCAAACCUGAGGGGGAUGAGGCAUCUUGAAGCAGAAUUGGCAAAGGAACGUGUUGCUCGUUUGGAAGCUGAAAAAAGUGCAGAAGCAGCUCUAAUGAACUUGGAAAAUAAGAGGCGACUGAUGAAGGAUAUAUAUAGAUACAGACAACGUCCAAUGGUGGCUGACAAACUCCAAGAAAGAAAAUUGGAAUCUUCUGCUGGCAUGUGUCGUAUUUUAUGA